AGCAGCAGAGGAACCCCUCUGUUCCUCUGCGGGUUUCGCUUCAUCGUGUGCCUUGGACAGCAGAUUAUUUUCACUAUACCUUGGUGGCAUGAACAAGAAUUGUGGCUUACUGGUCGGUGAUACAGCAGUGAAGGACUGGGCUAACAGCCUCGGCCUUCAUUGCCUUCACUGCGCACUUCAGCAGGAAGAUUACCUGGAGGUUGGGGGAUUCAGGUGAGCCGCAUAAGCGCCUGCCUUGGAAGCACGCAGUCAUGAGUUCUAUCCCCGCACCCCCCAAAAAAAAAAAAAAAAUUUACCCGGAGGUGUGCACACGGUGGGUUUUAUAGGCGGGUCCUGAACUUCAGAUUUGUCUAGCUCCAAGCUUAAGUAGAGGUUCACAAACUUUCGCCUUCUCUCUUGGGGAGUUUCCUGAAACCCAACUCUGCCACCAAAUAGGGUUUGCGCGCUCUUUCCUCCAGAGGAAGCAAGCAGUUGGGAUGCCUUUAAAGGAGGCAAAGGUUGGAAGUACACAAGCAAUACCUGUUCAGGAACAGGUGCUUGCUUUUCCAUCCAGGCCCAUGUUUUAAGCCGUCGCAGCCAGCAAGGGCCCACCUUAGUGUGUGUUCUUCAUCUUUCCCUAAAGCUAAAACUUCUCGAGCCAAGAGGGUGGGACUGGCUACAGGGUGUAUAAGGUAAGGCCCAAGCUGGGCGGGAGGGAGAGGCUGCUAGCCUAAAAAGAGUAUGUGAGGAAACAGCCUCUAGCCCAAGCCAGAGACCCUGGGGUCCUCACCGUCAGGAGAGGGCCAAACCUGCUGAGCCAGGCUGUCCCCUCGCCUACGCCCACGCCCACUCCCAGCACCUGGAUCCCGACCUUUAGCUGGUGUCUCCGCCUCUUCGCUCUGCUGACUGUCGCACCUCCCGAGCCCUAGACAGUUUUCCAGUCGCCAGCCAGUAGAACGGGCCAGGCUCUGGAGGGUGCUCCGGAAGUCAUGGAGGUCCUGGUUCUGGCUAGAUACCGCGCCCAGAAAGAGGACGAGCUGAGCCUGGCGACUGGAGACGUGGUCCGGCAGGUGCGCCAGGGGCCCGCGAAGGGCUGGCUCUGCGGAGAGCUGGGGGGCCGUUAUGGCUUCUUCCCUAAGUGUCUGGUACAGGAGAUUCCAGAAGCCCUAAGGGUUGCUGGAGAGGCGCUGAGACCACGCUGCGCGCGUCGCCGACGGCACCCGUCCAAACCUCAGGGCCCACAAAGAUGGUGCAAAGUAACCUUCAACUACAGCCCGGAGCAGGCAGACGAGCUGAAGCUGCACGCUGGGGAGACUGUGGAAGUAAUAAAGGAGAUUGAGGACGGCUGGUGGCUGGGGAAGAAGAACGGUCAGCUGGGAGCCUUCCCAUCCAACUUUGUGGAGUUGCUGGACAGUAGGCCCCCAAGCGUUGGUAACACAGACGUGCCUUCCAUCAGGCCUGGUUCUCAGCAACUUCCCAAGCUGGGUAGCCUGACCAGUGAGAGCCCUCCAGACUACCUGCUGUCAGCCUCCUACCCUGAGACCUACAGGGCCUUGUUUGACUACCAGCCAGAGGCCCCUGAUGAGUUGCCACUGAAGAGGGGCGAUAAAGUGAAAAUACUGAGAAAGCACACAGAGGAUAAGGGCUGGUGGGAAGGAGAGUGUCGAGGCAGAAGAGGCGUUUUUCCAGACAACUUUGUGCUCCCACCACCCCCAGUCAAGAAGCUUGUCCCUCGGACAGUGGUAUCUCGGGAAUCAGUUUCUAAGGAACCAAAGAAAUUGAUAGCCAGAACAUCCCUCUCUGCUACCAAGAAGCUGGGGAUAGCUCCCACUAGGCCCAGCAAAGCCAAGACUCUCUGUGGAGAUAGUCAGAAGUGCCCCUCCCGAGAUGCAGGUUCCAGUGGCAGCUUCCACAGUGGGGGUCUAGGGCAACCUGGCAGAAAAGGAUCCAAAACCCAGGUUCCCCGGCAGCACUCUGCACCCAGUCAGAUAUCCAGGCCUCUGCUGAGACUGUCCCCAUCGCCACAGAGGGGAGAUCACAGCAGCUUGACCAAGGCCCCCACCAAAGAGAAGACUCUAUCUCCAGAUAAGGUCCCCAAUCCAGAGAAAAUCCCAGCUUCCGACAAAGUCCACAAUCCAGAGGAGACCCCGCCUCAACAUAAGACCCCAAAUCCAGAGAAGACUCCAACUUUGGAGAAGACCUCCACCCCAGAGAAGGUUUUUUCUAUGGAUGUGGUCCUUGCCCCGGAAGUUCAACCUAAAGAGGAAGUCCUUGGCCCAAAGGGGGACCCCAUCCUAGAAAAGCUCAUGACCCCAGAACAAGGGCUUCCAGAAGAGCCCUCCCUGGGAAAGCACACUCAGCCCCAGUGCUUCUCUCCUCAGGAAGGCCUGCAGGGGGGCCAGGGUCUUGUGGCCAAGGGGACUCAGCCCCAAGAAGAGGUCCCCAAGCUAGAGGAGGCUCCCUUGCACCUCAGCUCCUCAGAGACCUGCUAUUAUGUGAAAAGCCAGGGGGACAGCUCCAUGUUACAAGAGGAGUCCAAAUCCCAGGCGGGUUCCCUAUCUGGGUCUAAGAGGGCCGGGCCCCCCGAGGAGGCCGCAGCCCUCCAGAAAGAGGCACCUGUAGAGGAGAAACACACCCCAAAAGACACCAAAAAGCAGGGGGGCCCUGAUCCUCAACCCCCACACACUAUCAAGCUGACUGCAGACCCCCAGGAGACUCCUGCCCUCCAUUCCCUGGUUGUGCAAAACUCUGGAAACAAGAAUGCGGAUACCAGUGCGCAAGUGAUGUCGCUAAUGAACGAGGUGAAGUUUCUCAGGAGCGCCCUGGAGCGUCUGGAGCUGCAGCUGCAAAGUAAGAUGGCUGAGGUCUCCGAGGAGCUGAAGAGCGAGCGGGAGAAGCGCCGCGCUCUGGAGGUUCAGAUGAUGCAGAUGACACAGACGACCCCGUCCCCAACGCGGGGCUUCAACGCGGCGACAGAGACGGAGUCGGAGACGCAGACACACUGAGAGGACCACCUACUGGCUUCCUUUCAUUCCACUUUGGGGAGCGCAAGAAAGUAAACUCUGAAGUGGACGCGC